CACAGAGUAGCAGAACGGAGGAACAGGCCUGGUGUAGGACUGAGGAGAAGUAAACAAGCAGAAGAACACAACUUUACGACUGACAGGUGACAGAGGAUGUCCAGGGCUGACUGGUCCUUCCUGGAGCACCUGUUGGAGGAGGGGCAGGAGUAUAGCACCGGGGUGGGCCGUGUCUGGCUCACUGUCCUCUUCCUGUUCCGCAUGCUGGUCCUGGGCACCGCCGCAGAGUCAGCCUGGGACGACGAACAGGUCGACUUCGUCUGUAAUACCAGGCAACCUGGAUGUACCGCCGUGUGUUACGACAAAGCCUUCCCCAUAUCACAUUACCGGUAUUUUGUCCUCCAGGUUAUUUUUGUUUCGACACCGACUGUUUUUUACUUUGGAUAUGUGGCCAUGAGCAAGAAGAAGAAAGAGGAGGAGGAGGAGAGGACAGAGGAGAGGACGGAGGAGGGAGGUGGUGGUGAGGGAGGGGAGAGGGGAGGAGUAAAGAAGGAUAGGGAGAAGAAGAGGGAGGUGAGAAAGGGGGAUGAGAUCGAAGAACCAGAGGAGGAGAAAGGAGGGGGAAAGGUGGUGAAACCUCUUCCAGAGACUCCUAAGCUGAAGGGACGUCUUCUCUGUGCCUACGCCACCAGCAUCCUCCUCAAGGUCCUCCUGGAGGUCGGCUUCAUUGUCGGACUAUGGUACCUCUACGGCUUCGUGAUCCCGGCCCGGUUCGAGUGCGUCCGGGCCCCCUGUCCUCACACGGUGGACUGCUUCGUCUCCAGACCCACGGAGAAGACCAUCUUCACCAUCUACACCCAGGCCAUCGCUGGAGUCUCUCUCCUUCUCAACCUGGUAGAACUCCUCCACCUCUUCCAGCUAGCCAUCACCCACCACCUGGAGAAACGCUAUGCCCAGGAGCAGUACACCUUUCCUGGCAUAGCCGGGGUCCGAAUCCAGCCUGACGCUCCAGGGCUGGAGAUGGAGAUGCAGCGAGCUCCGUCUUACCAGGAGAAGGGCCAUCUGUAUUUGCCCAUGGGGGAGGACGGCUACGCCAAGCCCAGUGAGAGUUAUCUGGACCUGGGGUCGAGAGCAGGGAUGGACCCUGGUGGUGACCUGCUCCCCAGUUAUCUGAACUGUAUGGGGGUGAUGAGGACUACACACUCUUCAGGGAGAGCUCACCCUAAGAAAUACAACACACAACACACACAUAGCAACAGCAAACACAGUAAGGGUGCCCAGAAGGGACACAGCAACAAACACAGUAAGCAUUAUGUAUGAGGAAACAUGAGAGGUUUGGGUUCUGUGGUCCUCUGUAGCUCAAUUGGUAGAGCAUGGCGCUUGUAACGCCAUG